AAUAUCCAAUUCAAUACCAUCUUCUUCACAGGGUUUCAAUCACCUCUAUAUAUCAUCAUCAAUCUGCAGCCAGGGAAGUCACACACUCUUCUGCCUGAUUCUAAACCCCGAGGCAGAAAUCUAAACCGGAACAGGGUCGAGAACAGCGUAAAGCAGCAAAAUGGAAGAGAUAAAGCUACUUGGUGCUUGGCCUAGUCCAUACAGUUACAGAAUUAUAUGGGCACUGAAGCUCAAGGGCCUCAAUUAUGAGUACAUAGAAGAGGAUCUUUCAAAUAAGAGUGACAUGCUACUUCAGCAUAAUCCAGUUCACAAGAAAAUACCUGUGCUCAUUCAUGAUGGAAGAUCAAUUGCAGAGUCAACAGUGAUCCUGGAAUACAUUGAAGAAACCUGGCCCCAAAAUCCAUUGCUUCCGAGUGAUUCCCAUGAAAAGGCCAUCGCUCGAUUCUGGAUGAAAUUUGUGGAGGAUAAGAGCCCAAUCUUUGGGGCAUUCUAUGUGACUGUUGGUGAGGAACAAGAGAAAGCAGUAGAAGAAGCCAAACAACAGCUGAAGAUUGUAGAAGAGCAUGGUCUUGGUGACAAGAAAUUUUUCUGUGGAAACAACAUAGGAUUGACAGAUAUAGCCUUUGGAUGGAUGGCUGUCUGGAAUGACGUAAUUGAAGAGACGGUGGGAGUAAAAAUUAUGGAAGCAAAUGACUUUCCUCGCCUACAUGCUUGGGUUAAGAACUUCAAGGAACAUCCUGUUCUAAAAGAUAAUCUUCCGGAUCGGAAUGAAAUGUUGGCAUACUGCAUGCACAAAAGAGACAUUUUGCUUGCAAGGACAUAGAUACAUUGCAGUUCACCUUCUCAACAGUCACUAUGAUUUGUUCUUCAGGUCUCCAUCUUUAUACACUCACAGAAUCUUUGCUAGGGAAGAUUGCAUAGUACAGAACAAUAUCAAGGAUGCAACAGAAGCUAAAAAAUAGUUUAUCAUAAUGUUAGUACUAUGUACCAAUUAAGCACUUACUAGUCAUCACAUCAUCAUCUGUAUCAAUCGUUGUUUUGUCGGUUAGCAGAUCAGCAACAAGUCUACAGUCCAAGCAUCUAUGAAAAAGCUCAAUCUCUCUCUUUUACUUGGCCUAUAAUCUACCGUGUAAUUUCUACAUAAAAGGAUAGUCCAGUAGAACAUUAGCUUAUUAGUAUUACUCUAUUCCUUUA